AUGGCGAGUUUCAACCACUUCGACUCCCAGGACCCCACUGGCACUCCCCGUCUCCUGUCGCUCCCAACAAGGGAAACAAGACUCUGGUUGAUACGACGGUUCGCAACACGCGGGAGCUGGGCCCUACGCAGUUUUGAGCUCCGGAACACCGAAUGGCCAGGUUACCUCAACGACACCUGUACCGAGAUCGGCAAGGAACUGGGCAUCGGCGCACCCAUUAGAGCUGAACUUUACAAAAUGCUCAUCUACGAGAAGGGUGCCCUUUUCAAACCGCACACCGAGUAA